AUGGACGAUUAUUACGAUCAGGAUGACGUCCCUGGUUCCCCCGGGCUAGAGGUUUCUAAAGUCAACUAUGAUACCAAGGAUUCACCGCCUCCUUUUCUCCAGAAGGGCUCCGAUAGCGACACUGCUAAAAAGUCUGCAGACGAGGGAACAUCUCAUCGUUCCCGUAAGCACCAGCUACAACCCUCCAAGCCCAGCACAACAGAGGGUAAUUCGGUGCUGAUCAGCCAUUUAGACCCGAACCGACCAGACAUUGCUGCUUUCGAAAGAAAUCAUCCCUUAAGUGAGGAUUUUCGGCGCGAAGAUGAUUUGGACUUGCCAACGAAACACAUAUUGAACAGACCGGAACCGUCCUCGGCUACGGACGAAUCUCCAAAUCUUCCGGUUGAUGUGGCCAAAUCUGCUCUUUAUCUUCUUUCGGACCCAGAGCCCUCUAAACCCCACGAAGGGCCUCCAGCUCCGGACAGUCCUCCCAAAAAUAAACUUGUUAUACCUUCUCUUUUGUCUCCAGAUCAUGGCUCUCUUAAACGAGAACCGGAGUCCCCUCAAUAUCCCCAGAAAUCAUUAAGUCCCUACGCCCAGGAGGCGAAGCAACUUCCCCCUUUAAGCAGGUUUGUAAUACCUGCAUCGGAGGCCUCGGCACAUGAUCUUUUACCGGCUCUUCAUUCACCGGAUAACAACCAUACCUUGCCCUCUAUCCAGACAGCCCUGGGACUGCCUAGUGUGUCAAAGGAACCCCCCGGGCGCCCCAACGGAUCGUCUCCCCUUUCUCUUCCUCCUGUCACAGCUGCAUCGCCACCUGCUCUUAGAAGUGAGACGGUUUGGGAGCAGCAACGCCCGACACCUUUUUGUGCUCAAGUUCCUCCCAGUCCGUAUUCACAUUGGUCACCCGCGAGUACUACUGCUGGGAAUAUAUCGGCCGUGUCUUCACCUGCAUCGCAGAAUUCCCAUUGGCGAUCUCUCAAAUCAGAAAUAUCCUACCUGACUUCUCCAUACGACGUUUCACACUCGACAGCCAAGAGUCCGGCAACAGGCUAUCCAACACCUACAGAUCAAACCCCUGUCAGCACAUGCGACAGGACACCAUACAACCCUCCUACGCAAUCUAACGGUGCUCAUACCUCGACCGGCACUUUUAAAUGUGGCUGGCCGGGGUGUACUGCUCCCCCGUUUCAAACGCAGUACUUGUUGAAGUAA